AUGAGCGUGGGCGACGACUAUUUCGGCCCGCAGAUGCGCGGCUACUUUGACUUUACCGUCUUAUUCGAGCAGAGCAUACUCUCCAUUCUACCAUCCGCUCUCUUCAUCCUCCUCGUCCCAGUCCGAAUUAUCUCGCUCCUCCGGAAUGGCAUUCGUGUUCGCUCAGGGAAACUCCUAUGGCUGAAGCUGUCAGCCGUAACCACAUUUCUAUGCUUUCAAAUAGCCCUCAUCACACUAUGGUCUCUCCCAAGCGCUCCAAAAACAAAAGUCUCGGCAGCAGAAAGCGCAAUCAGCCUCAUCGAAGCCAUUGCAAUAGGCACCCUAUCCUACACAGAACACAAGCGCUCCGUCAGGCCGUCCCUGCUCCUCGGCGGGUACCUCGUCCUGACCAUCGUCCUUGACACCGCGCACGCCAGGACGCUAUGGAUCCGAGACGGCCUCACGCCAAUCGCCGGCGUCUUCACAGCCUCGCUCGCUAUCAAGGCCGUCAUGCUUAUGCUGGAGGAGACACCGAAGCGCGGUUACUUGCCGGACAGCGAGAAGGAUGUCGCGGUGGAGUGCACCACCGGCGUUGUGAGCCGGAGUUUGUUCUGGUGGUUGAACGGUCUGUUCUUCCAGGGUUUCAGGCUGCUCAUCGGGUUGGAGGAUCUGGGGCCAAUUGAUCCAAAGUUUGAUUCUACGGUCUUGCUGGGUAGACUUGACCGGGUUUGGUCCAGGGCGGCGAAGAACAGCAAAUGGAGCCUCAUUAGAAGCGUAUUCUGGGCGUACAGGACCACCUUUCUCGCAGCGGUCCUCCCCCGCAUCCUUUUUGCGGGAUUCAUCUUUUCCCAGCCCUUCCUCGUCAACCAAAUUGUAAACUUUGUCGGGAGCCCUCGGACAGAAGAUUCGAAGAACGUUGCCGGCGGUCUCGUCGGUGCAACGGCGUUGAUAUACUGUGGAAUUGCUGUUUCAAGAUGCUGGUACCAGCAUAUGACGUUCCAGCUUGUGACGCUCUUCCGCGGUGGCCUCAUUUCCCUCAUCUUCAAGAAGACGCUCAGCCUCGAUGCUUCGGUCAUCAAGGACUCGGCGCCCGUGACACUCAUGAGCGUUGAUAUUGAGAAUAUCGCCGUUUCCAUGACCUUUAUCCACGACGUCUGGGCGGCGGCCAUUGAGCUCCCGGUCGGGGUGUAUCUGCUGUAUCGACAGGUUGGCCCUCCUUGUUUUCUCCUGCUCAUCCCUGGUCUGGUCUGCACUGCUCUCACAACCAAACUCUCCACACGCAUGGCGCCGGCACGUGUGGCCUGGAACCAAGGCGUGCAGAAGCGGGUCUCCAUCACUUCGUCCAUGCUCACGCAGAUCAAGGGCAUCAAGAUGAUGGGCCUGACGGACCAUUUCUCCGAUAUCAUCCAGAAGCUGCGCGUCUCGGAGCUGAAGCUCUCCACCAAGUUCAGAAUCCUCGUCACCAUUCUGAGUGUCAUCGUCAUCAUCGCCGCCGCUGUCUUCUGGACAAGAGCGGAGCAAGGCCUUACCAUCGCCGAGGCGUUUACUGCUCUGUCCAUCAUCGUGUUGGUUUCGCAGCCUCUCAUCAAGCUCAUCUCGUCCAUUAUGCAGCUCAUGGGAGCCUUCGGUUGCUUCACGCGCAUUCAAGAGUUUCUCCUCUUGGAUGAGAUUAUCGACCAGCGGCAGAUCAUCGCGGGCUCAACCAAGGCCUCUCUGGACUCUGGCCGUGCGCUGCCUAGUAUUAUUCACGGCGGCUCCGAUUUGCAGCCUCUGACUUCGCGGGCCAUCCAGCUGGCAAAUGACAAUGAGAUUGAGCUUGGUUCUUUGAGGGGGACGGGUCGAUCCUCCGUCGCUUCGGGCAAUACCAACAAGCCCGUGGUCACCGUGAGUGAUGCGACACUGGUUCUGAAAGACGGCACCGAGAUUCUGAAGAACGUAUCUCUCACCCUCCGACAAACGACCAUCUCAAUGCUCGUCGGACGCGUAGGCUGCGGAAAGUCAUCGCUACUGAAAGCCAUACUAGGAGAAACUGGCAUCUCGACCGGCAGCACUACGCUUCACACCUCGUCUGUCGCCUUUUGCGACCAGUCUGCUUGGCUGCGCAACGUUUCCAUCAAGGCAAACAUAAUCGGCCAGACGCCUUUCGACCAGGCCUGGUUCUCUGCCGUUGUGCACGCCUGCGCGCUUGACGAGGAUAUUGCAUUGUUCCCCGAGGCUGAGGAUACCAUUGUCGGCACGGGUGGUGUAGCACUAAGCGGCGGUCAGAAGCAGAGGGUGGCUCUAGCUCGCGCCGUCUACUCGCGCAGAAAACUGCUUCUCCUCGACGACGUCUUCAGCGGCCUUGAUAAUUCAACUUCCAACGCUGUUUUCCGGCGCCUUCUUGGUCCGGAUGGGCUUCUCCGUCAAGUGGGCAUGACGGUGUUUCUCGCGACUAAUCAUGUCAACUUCCUCCGCUCGGCCGACUACAUCACCAUGAUUCAAGAUGGCAUCAUCCUACAUAACCAAAUAUCCUUCGAUUCUAUCCCGCGCUCCGCAUGGGGUCAUCUCGUUGAGGAAGAGGCCAAAGGCAAAGACUCCGAGGAGCACGUCGAACCGACCGAGGGCUUCGCCAAAGACUCGAAGCCUACUAGAGCGGAUCGGCCCGUCGCCGUUGCUUCCGGAGCCACGGAGGCCGAGCUGACGAGGCAGACAGGUGACACCGAGUGCUACCGCAUGUACCUCAACUCUAUUGGAUGGCCCAUCUUGAUUGUGUUCCUCAUUCUCAAUGUCUUGUUUGUUGCUUUCACAAAGAUGCCUCAAAUCUGGUUGCGGAUCUGGACUGAACACGGCACGAAUGACCGGCCGGCCAUGCAUUUUGGCAUCUACGUCAUGUUUGGUCUCAUCUGCAUCGUUCUCAACGGUGUAGCACUAGGCGCACCCCUCUACUUCUUCACGACAACAGACAGCGGCGUGACCCUUAACCGCUUCAGCCAAGACAUGGCCCUCAUAGACCACCGUCUCCCCAUCUCCGCCUGGGCCACCAUCCACAGCUUCCUCACCGUCCUCGCCGAGACCGCCAUCAUCGCCACGGGAAGCUCCUACAUCGCCGCCCUCAUCCCCCCGUCCUUCCUCGCCCUCUACCUCCUGCAGAAAUACUACCUCCGCACCUCCCGCCAGCUCCGCCAUAUCGACCUCGAAGCCAAAUCCCCGCUCUUCACCCACUUCUCCGAGGUCCUGGCGGGCCUACCGACAAUCCGCGCCUUCGCCUGGUCCCCCGCCAUGCUCCGCGAGAACCACACGCUGCUCGACGCCUCGCAGAGGCCGUAUUACCUCUUCUUCUGCGUCCAGCGCUGGCUCAACGUCGUGCUGGACCUUUUUAUCGCGGGUAUGGCUGUCGUGCUCGUGGCGUUUGCGCUGUACUUUACGAACGCUACGACCAUGGGCGCCAUUGGUCUCGCAAUGGUGAAUAUUAUCAACUUUAAUCAGACGUUGGGCGACUUUAUCGAGAUGUGGACAAUGCUGGAGACGAGCCUUGGUGCGAUUGCGAGGUUGAAGUACUUUGUGCGGUAUACCCCGCGCGAGGACCGUGAUGGCGAGACGGAUAAGAUGCCGCCGGCUUGGCCUGGGAGUGGGGAGAUUGAGAUUGAAAACGUGACGGCUGCUUAUAGAGACGAAACUGACCCUAUCAUAAGGAAUGUAUCACUAACGAUACAGCCGGGUCAAAAGGUUGGUAUAUGCGGUCGCUCGGGCUCCGGCAAAUCCUCCCUCCUUCUCACACUCCUCCGUCUACUCGAUCUCAAGCACGAAGAAGAAGAGGGAGAAGAAGGAAGAGGAGGAGACCUCCGAAUUGCCUCUCAUUCCCUCCUAACCCUCCCCCGCUCCGCCAUCCGCACAUCCCUCACUACACUCCCACAGGAUCCCGUCCUCCUACCAGGCACCGUCCGCGAGAACCUUGACCCCGGAGCUCACACGCCCGACGCGGAUCUGAUUUCCGUCUUGCGCAAGAUGAAGGUCUGGGAACUCAUUGAAGCGCGGGGCGGUCUCGGCGCGGAAAUGUCUGCGACGGGGCUGAGCGCGGGACAGAAGCAGCUGUUUUGCCUCGCGAGAGCGGUGUUGAAGACGCACUCGCGUGGGGCAGGUAUUGUGUUGCUUGACGAGGCGACGAGUAACGUUGAUCAUGCUACUGAUGAGGAGGUAAGAAAGGUGUUGGAUGAGGAGUUUGGGGAGGCUGGUGUUACUGUUGUUGAGGUUGCGCAUCGGUUGGAGGCUAUUGUUGGUUAUGAUGUCGUUGUUGUGAUGCAUGAGGGUCGAGUGGUGGAGGUAGGCAGGCCGGAGGAGUUGAUGGGUCGGGCAUCGCGGUUUCGGAGUCUUUGGGAUAGUCGGGGAGCUUGA